CCCUGCGUCAUUUCCGGUAGUCAUAAAAUUUUCUGUUUUUCGUUACACUCACUGAGUCUUCUUUGUCUUUAUCUUUAUCAAUAUGCCGCUCCAGAAACUUCCCACGGCUAGCAACGUUCAAAAAGUGAUCAAAAACUUGAACAAGAACGAUGGUAUCAUUUACUUGAAGGGACAAGUGCUCCACGAACGAGACGAUACCGACGUUGAGCUUUCAUUCCGCCAAGAAUCCAACUUCUUUUACCUCACUGGCGUUACGGAUGCUGAUUUCCAUGUUGUUGUCAGCUUGUCUACUGGCAAGAUUACUUUGAUUGCUCCUGACAUUGUCGCUGAUCAUGUUAUGUGGAUGGGUUUGCCCGAUACGCCGGAGGAACUCCUGCAAAAAUACGACGUCAAUGAGGUUGUGUAUGCUAGCAAGCUUGAUCAAGUUCUGCAGCAGGAGAAUCCUCAGAAGAUUUACACACUUCCCAUUUGCGAUACCUCAGCAAUUCCCCAAAACUUCCAAAGCAAGGUUGAUAAGGAUGCAUUGAAGCCCGCCAUCUACGAAGCACGUAUGUACAAGGCUAAGUGGGAAGUGGAGCUUAUGAGAGAAGCCAACAAAAUUUCUUCUGAUGCUCACAUCAAGCUGAUGAAGGAGGCUAAAGCUGGGUUGAACGAGCAGCAACUCCAUGCUCUUUUCUUGUACGAAAGCGCUCGCAAUGGCGCUUUCAUCCAAUCUUACAACCCUAUCGUCGCCGCUGGCUCAAACGCUGCUACUCUUCACUACGGAAAGAACAAUGCCGGGAUCUCUCCUGAUCAGUUCGUACUCAUUGAUGCAGGUGCUGAGCUCAACUGCUAUGCCUCCGAUAUCACUCGCACAUUCCCCGCUGGAGGCAAGUUUUCCCAAGAACAAAAGGACAUAUAUGAGAUUGUUUUGGAAAUGCAAAAGGCAUCAUUCGAACUUUGCAAACCUGGUGUUGAAUGGGAGGAUAUCCACCGCCAUGCUCUUCGUGUUGCCUGCCGUGGAUUAAUCAAGCUCGGAGUUUUGAAGGGUGAUGAGGACGAACUUAUCGCCAAGCAUAUCCCCGCAUGCAUAUUCCCUCACGGUCUCGGUCACAGCAUUGGUAUCGAUGUCCAUGAUGUUGGUGGCUAUCUCCCUGGUGUGCAAAAGAUUGAUGAGCCUGGUAUUAGAAAUCUUCGCAUGCGCCGCACACUUCAAGCUGGCAUGGCCGUCACCGUCGAGCCUGGUAUUUACUUUUGUGAUUUCAUCAUUGAUCCUUUGUUGAAGGACGAAGCAACUCGCAAGUACUUUGACAUUGAGAAAUUGAACCAGUACAAGAAGGUCGGAGGUGUUCGCAUAGAAGACGAUAUUGUCAUUACCGAGACCGGCUUUGACAACUUGACCACAGUGCCAAAGGAGAUCCGUGAAAUAGAAGCCUUGAUGGCCUAAGCUAUAUCUACCAUUGUGUCGAUGAUGCCCAAGCAAUUUUUUUUUUUUCAUGUUUAUUUGUAUAUUUAUUUUAUCCUUAUGUCGAGUACAGAUUGAUUCAAAACUAAAAAAAAAAGAAAGAAAUGGCAUGCAAUUAUCGUACACCGCUGAUUUUGUGACAGAAUAUAAA